UUUGUUGAAAGGUAUGCUACGGGUAACCAUCGAAACUAUGCAUGAACAUUUUAAAGCAUCUGAAUUCAAGCUAUUCAGAUAAUUAUGCAGUGAAAAUGGAAGUAUUAUCACAACAUAAUUGUCUAAAGUGUGUACAAUUGGUUAUUUUUUGACUUUUUGCUCAUGGCUAUACUAGCUAAAAUGUACACAAGUCAGCUAACGUUAUGCUGCUAGCUCACUCCAUGGGUGCUCUAAAACAAUAUCAGCGAACGUGGCUGCUUACACUGUUCCAAGAUGGUUGUGGAGGUAGAACACUUCUUUGGUGUGUACAUGCUGUACUGCACCAACCCUAAAUUCAAAGGGCGUAUUUACAUUGGCUUCACUGUGAACCCUGAGCGCAGAAUAGGACAGCACAACGCCGGACGGCACCGAGGGGGGGCGAAGAAGACCAGUGGGAGGGGACCGUGGGACAUGGUCCUGAUAAUACACGGCUUCCCCUCUGAUAUUGCUGCCCUUCGGUUUGAGUGGGCGUGGCAGCACCCCCACUCCUCCAGGCGGCUCUCCCACGUGCCCCGGCGCUCCAGGAAAGAGUCCAGCCUGCAGUUCCACUGGCGGGUGGUCUCCAGCAUGCUACGGGCCCCCCCCUGGAGCAGGCUGCCGCUGACGGCCCGCUGGCUCAGACAGGAGUACAGGAUGGACUUUGAGCCCAGCCUGCAGCCCCCCCUCCACGUCCCCAUCGCCUUCGGGAGCAUCAGAGCCAAGAAGAAGCUGCAGCCUGCAGGGGAGGAUGAGGAGGAGGAGCAGGAGACAUCCAGCUGUUUCCUCUGUAAAGGGCUGGUCAAGGUGUCAGAAAAGCUGAGCUGUUUCCACCCCUCCUGUGGGAUGAGCGGUCAUGUGAUCUGCCUCGCUAAACAUUUCCUGAAGUCGGAGCCCACCCACCUCCUGCCGGUGGAGGGCAGAUGUCCGGCCUGUCAGAGCUCUGUGCUCUGGGGGAGUCUCAUCCGCCACAAACACCGCUGCUUCGGAGACCUGGAGGACUUCACCCCGUCCCUUUCCCAGUGGCAAGAGGAAACCUUGGAUGCCAUUACAUCAAGUCGAACAACUCCGUAAGGAAGAGACACACACCGUUUGGAUCACCGGAAAAGAGGGACACACCGGAGCGGACAGACUGGGCCGGUCGUGAGUAAAUACAUGGAAUAAAUCCGUGUACGCAUUGAAUGGAAUGUCGGAUGUGUUAAAGUCUAAAAGGAAAUCAUAACGGCGAUGCACACAUUGGAGGAGGAUUGUAAAUACCUGUGGAUCGUCUGUGAAAAGAAUGUGAUUGAAUUUGUUUGUGCAACAAAGGAAGCCAGUAGGCGUGCUCGGUGAGACUCAUUAAAGGAGCGCAACGUCUUUUACGCACGGCCUAAAAACAAACAAAUAAAUAAUGUCGGACGAUCCCAGGACUUCUGCUGACGCAGAAACAUUGUUAAAAUCACUCAAAGCCUCCCGCAGUGGGAAAUUAGGAGCAUGCACAAGGAAAAUGAACGAAAUGAAGGCCUUGCUUGUGGAGGAUGGGAAUGUGGAACAUGUGAAUGAAGCUUUGGAGAUGUUCAAACUAAAUAUAAAUGACUUGUGCAGUGUUCAUGGAUCCGUACAGCAGCUUUUAUCAGAGGAGGAGAGAGAGGAGGAUCAUGUGGACUGGUUUGAGCCAAAAAUGACACAUUUUGAAUAUUGUAUGAAAGAUGUGGAUGUGUGGAAAAGAGAAAAAAUUGCACAAUCAAAGAUUCAUCCCCAUGACAGCAUUUCUAAUGUUUCACACAAGUCAAGGAGCUCAAAAACCUCUUCAGUCUCCUCAGCAUGUAGAAGAGCAUCUGCUGAAAAGGCUGCCCUGCUAGCCAGAGCAGCUGGGUUAAAGGACAAACAUGCACUGCUAUUACAACAAGCAACACUAAAAGCUGAACUGGAACAAAUGGAACUGGACACAGAAAUCGCAGCAUCUGCUGCUAAAAUAAAGGUUCUGCAAAGCAUUGACGUGGAGGAAAAAAUGGAUGAUCAAAUUCAAGAUGGAAUCAAUCAAUCAAUGUUUAUUUAUAUAGCCCAAUAUCACAAAUGUUACAUUUGUCUCAGUGGACUUUACAGUUUGUACAAAAUAUCAGUAUGACAAUACAACACCCUCUGUCCUUAGAC